UCAAAUACUUGGUGUUGGUGGCUUCCUUUAAUCACAUAUUGCCGGUCUUCAAGAUUCCGUCUUCUGUGCGUCCCAGCUCGAUAGUAUGUUAGCCAGGUUUUGGUGGAGAUCUUCUAGCUCUACUAAGGGCUUAGCCUUACGCUCGGCUUCUCUCCUGCACUUGCCAAAAUGGGCGGGCUGGGUUUAAGAAAUGUAGCCUGUUUUAACUCAUCCCUCUUUGCUGGAAUUGGGUGGAGGAUGAUUCAUAAUCCUCAGUUGUUGGUUUCUCGCCCCCUGUUCUCUAAGUACCCUUCUCUUGCUACUGCUCCGGGCGCUCGGGUUUCUCGGCCCUCUUGGGAAUGUCAGGGUUUACAGAUGGCAUUAUCUGCAGUAGCUCCUGGUGUCCGAUGGAAGGUGGGUUGUGGCAGGAGUGUUCGUAUCACGGGUGACAACUGAGCUCUUGGUGGUCCGGUUUCAUUUAAGUCGGGUUUUUCCCAGUCGGAUUUUCCGACUCUUGUGUCUGUUAUCAUUGAUCCGCAUUCCAACGCAUGGGACUCCUCGAGGGUCUAUCGGUUUUUUGAUAGUCCUACAGAUAAUCGAAUUUUAAGUCUGGAUCGUCCGCUGAAGCUCGUGGAUGAUUUUGUGUAUUGGAAAUUCUCUGAAGACGGCUACAUUUGUUUAGGGAUUGUGACUUUGUUGUCUCUUUAUGGGUCCGUAGUUCUUUUCAGAAUAAAUAAUUCAAAUCAAAUCAAGAAUACUGGUAUGUAGUGUAAGGUCGAAAUGAUAAUCGAGUAUACGAAGUAUUUCAGAUAUACAUGGAAUAGUUUACUUGUUCUUAAGCAAGGUUUUAUCCAAUUAUCCCAAAUGGGAAAUUUUAUUCAGUCUUCAAGUUAAUUUGUAUCAAUGAAGUGCACUGGAGAGUAAAGAGAGAGAAAGAAAGGGGUUUUCAGGGGUUUUAUCUUUCUCUCUUCCCCUUUUCAAAGGUUAACUAUGUUUUUGGUGGGCAGAAGAGAUUAAAAAUCAGCUGGCGUGGCUAUUCCUGGGUGAUGUGGAUGGAAAAAUGGGACUGAAAUAAACAAUGAAACCAGCAAAUAAUAUUUGGAUUCAAAAGGAGCAAUGCCCCUGUGGAGACUGGAAGUGUUUUAUCAAAUAUGAAGGGGAGGAACAAGGUCAAGCUUGUCAACCAACAAAAAAUGGGACAUCAUUAUCAUCUUCUUCUGAAGUUAUCUUUGCACCUUAUGUGGGUCAGAUUUUUAAAAGUUAUGAUGAAGCUUUUGAGUUCUACAGUAACUUUGCUCGGAGGAAUGGGUUUUCAAUCAGGAAAGCACGAUCUACUGAAAGCCAUAAUCUUGGUGUUUACAGAAGGGAUUUUGUUUGUUAUCGUUCCGGAUUCAAUCAACCUAGGAAAAAGGUUAAUGUAGAGCAUCCCAGAGAUCGCAAAUCAGUACGUUGUGGAUGUGAUGCAAAAUUAUACUUGACUAAGGAAAUCGUGAAUUGUGUUACUCAGUGGUAUGUUUCCCAAUUCAGUAAUGUACAUAACCAUGAAUUGCUAGAAGAUGAUCAAGUGCGUUUACUUCCUGCAUACCGGAAAAUACAAGAAGCUGAUCAAGAACGGAUUAUUUUACUCUCCAAAGCUGGGUUUCCUGUUAAUAGGAUAAUCAAGAUCUUGGAACUGAAAAAGGGUGUUCAACCUGGGCAACUGCCUUUCAUAGAGAAAGACAUUAGAAACUUUCUCCGUACUUGCAAGAAAACAGUUCAAGAAAAUGAUGCUCUUCUUACUGAGAAAAGGGUAACUGAUAUGAUGGAGCUGCUUGAAGCUUGCAAGGCCAUGGCAGAAAGGGAUGGGGAUUUUAUCUUUGAUUUUUUAACAGAUGCAAAUGGCAAGGUCGAAAACAUAGCAUGGUCGUAUGGCGACUCUGUUCGUGCCUUUAACCUUUUUGGUGAUGCUGUUCAAUUCGACAUUACUUAUCAAUCCAUCACUUACGGGAUGCUUCUGGGUUUAUUGUCUGGUAUAGAUAAUCAUGGCAAGCCAAUUGUCUUUGCCUGUGCUCUUGUCCAGGAAGAAAAUCCCCAUGCAAUUGUGUGGGCCUUACAGACAGUUGUGCGAUUCAUGCGAGGAAGACCGCAGACGAUAGUGACUGAUCUUGAGCCAGGGUUAAGAGACUCCAUAGUAAGCGAAUUGCCUAAUACAAAACAUGUUAUAUCUUUGUGGUACAUUAUGUCUAAGCUGAGUAGUUGGUUCUCUUUGCCUCUUGGACUGAAAUAUUCGGAGUUUAAGUCCGAGUUUGAAAUGGUGUGCUAUGUGGAAAGUACAGAGGAUUUUGGACAUCUCUGGAGCCAUUUGAUCACAAAAUUUGGACUUGGGUCGGAUAAACACAUCUCUCUAUUAUGGUCAUGUCGAGCAUGCUGGGCUUUUUCAUUUAUUAAGGAUUGCUUUGUCGCCCGAAUCACAACAGCUGAAUACAUGAGAUCUGUUGAUAGUUUCCUGAAAGGCGUCUUGAAUGAGCAAACAUGCUUGCAAGUCUUCUUUGAGCAGGUUGGACUUGCUGCAAAGUUGGGUUAUGGAGCCAAGGAGGAUUUACCUUUUUUACAUCUCAAGACGUGCAUGCCUGUUGAGGAACAUGCACAAGGCAUCCUUACACCAUAUGCCUUUAGUGUGUAUCAGCAUGAACUCGUGUUGUCUGUGCAAUAUGCAAUUAUAGAAAUGGCCAAAGGAUCUUAUGUCGCGUGCCAUUAUAAGAAAGUUGAUGAAGAGUAUCUUCUGUUAUGGAUUCAGGAAGGUGAGCAAAUCCACUGCUCGUGUAAGGGAUUUGAACAGUCAGGAGUCCUGUGCAGGCAUGCUCUUCGACUAUUUAUUACUAAGAAUUAUUUUCAACUUCCAUACCAUUAUUUUCCAAUUAGGUGGAGAUGGGAAAAUUCUUUUUUACCUAUGGAUCAAGAAAGUUCUCGACUGGUCAAAGAAGAGUACUAUCGUGCCUUACAUUCUCUUACAGAUGCACUUCUGACUGAGUCCUUGUUUUCUAAGGAGCGGUUUAACUAUGCCCAUAAGGAACUCACAGCACUCCUUGAUCAGGUUAAAAAUAUGCCUGUUGAUGAAGUUCCAGAAAUAUUAACUAACAAUUUUAGUGAAUCUUGAAUUUUCUAGUGGAUCAGCUGUCUACAAUAGCAAUUGCUGAGUCUAGCCAUGGUUUACAAGACAUUAGAAGAUUACAAAAAUAAGUCAAUGUAGACUACUCUGCAAAUUAAAUUGUGGUUGGAAUACUGGUUCAAGUAAAUAGAAUUGUCAGAGAUGGAGCUAUGGUGUUGUGUUGUCAUCCAUGACUUUUGUGAUGGUGUAAUGUCAAUUCUUAUUAAAAAAAAAAUAAUAAUUUAAAAAAUAAAAAUAAAAAUUGAUGUUUCUGUACAAUGCAUGCGAUGUUACUGUUUCUUAAUCUUUGAGAAAUGAGUAUAAGUAGUUCCAGAUCUUGUAUUAGCUAGUAGAUACAUCAUAUAUGCAUGGUUCACUCUCAUUGUAAUUGAAAUUGGUGGAUAGUAAUGUACUUGUCACAUCGUGGAAUCUCUUUGCUACUAGGAGCUAAUGAAUCAGUCUUUGUCAAAAAUGAUUCAGAAUAAAGUUUUCUUUUUGUCUA